GAACAAUAGGGCUCAGCGGGACGUUGGGGUAGGCGUGGACUGGCGUGUGUCAAAAGCUGCAGUGACCCUGCCCAGCCAGGGUCCGUGAGCCCUGGGCAGGCGGGCUCCCGGGGCUGCGUUCUUGCUGGUCUGGGGACUCGGCGCGCUGCGCGGGCCCUGCAGGUGUCCCGCCCCAGAGUGCAUCCAGCGGUGCCUGUGUCCUCAAGUGGCGGACGCCACGGUGAGGAGCGCCUUCCGGGGUGUGGAAAGAGAACCAAGCUUUACUGCAGGUCCUAAAUGUUCCGGAGGCUCAGAAAGGUGAAGUGACUUGCCCAAGGUCAAAUAGCCAGCAGGCAAAUUGAAGCCCAAGUGUUUGCCUUACCAUCUCCUACUCUUUACAACGCCUCCCAACCUAAAAGACGGCAUUUGAUUGAACUCUGCUCCUCCUCAGCUUCAAGCACAGGGACCUGCACCUCAGCUCCCUUGGAGAAGAUUCCAGAGAGAGUGUUGAAUGAAUCUCACCAGAUGGACGUUAUAUUUUCAGGGUCUCUUGAUGUCUCUGCCCAGUUCCUGGGUCCCACUGAGAACCCAGUGCUGCUCCAUCCUACCUUCAGACGCCAGCCCAUCCCUGCCCCCCAGCCCUGCUUAGAGUCCACAGAAGGCAUGACUAGAGGGUCAGAGAAGAGUGCACACCAACUACCUUUUAACGUUUUGAUAAAGAUUUGACAACAGCAUUUUGGAUGACUGCAAAUUUAUGUUUGGGGUAUAUAUCUACUUGUCUAACCAGUUCCUUAAUUUGUUCUAACUUUUCAUAUGUUAAAAAAUGCUACAACAGAUAUCCUUGUAGCUAAAUCUUAAUGCAAAUCUGUGAUUUUCUCACAAUGAAUUUUGGAAGGGCCAGGGGACGUUUUCCCACAGGAUGGCAUCCUCCACCCAACUACUGUGUAGCGGUUUGUUACGCCAGUGGUUCUGGGAUCCUCAAGUCAUACCUGGUUUCUCAUGGCUUCGUCUCCUACCCUACCUCUGUCUUCAUAGAUCUCUGCCUUCACCCAAGGGCUACAGAAAAUGACCAAGUCCCAGUAAUGUUGUUACAGGGACCAGUAUCAUUCAAGGACGUGGCUGUGGAUUUCACCCGGGAGGAGUGGCAGUAUCUGGACCCUCCCCAGAGAGAUCUGUACAAGGAUGUGAUGCUGGAGAACUAUAUCAACCUCAUCUCAGUGGGAUUUCAGAGCGCCAAGCCAGCUGUGGUCCACAAGUUGGAGCAAGGAGAAGAACCCUGGAUAGUGGAGAGAAAAAUCCCAAGUUGGAGCUAUCCAGACGAAGUCUUGCAAGUUGAUGACCAUGUGGAGAGGCAGCAGGAGAACCCAAAAACACUUUCGAGGCAUGUUGCAUUCACUGACCAGGAAACUGUGACUGAGGAGAAGGGUCACAAGUGUAAUGCACUUGGAAAUAUAUUUCCUCUGAGCACAGACUUUGUUUCUUCAAAACAAAGAUUCCAAAAACAUGACUCUGAUGGUAGGAGUUUGAACUAUUUAGACUCAUUUAGCAGUCAUAGAAGAUAUGAAAGAAAGAAUGAAUGUAGUGAAUGUGGGAAACCCUUCUUCCAGAGGUCAGACCUCAUUAUACACAAGAGAAUUCAUACAGGAGAAAAGCCCUUUGUAUGUACUGAGUGUGGGAAAGCCUUCAGGAAGAAAUCAAAUCUCAUUAUGCAUCUGAGAAUCCAUACUCGAGAGAAACCUUAUGAGUGUACUGAAUGUAGAAAAGCCUUCUCCCAUAAGUCACACCUCGUUGAACAUCAGAGAAUUCACACUGGGGAAAAGCCCUAUGAAUGUAAUGAAUGUGGGAAAGCCUUUUUCCAAAAAUCGCACCUCAACAUUCACAAGAGAACUCAUACUGGAGAGAAACCCUUUGUGUGUGAAGAAUGUGGGAGAGCCUUCAGCAUGAAUUCGCAUCUCUUUGUACAUCAGAGAAUACACACAGGAGAGAAACCUUAUGUAUGCACCAAGUGUGAGAGAGCAUUCAGUAAAGUGUCAUGCCUUAUUAGACAUCAGAAAAUUCAUACUGGGGAGAAACCUUAUGAAUGUAAUGAAUGUAAAAAAACAUUUUCUGAGAAGUCUGACCUCAUUAUACAUCACAGAACUCACACAGGAGAAAAACCCUAUGAAUGCAAUCAUUGUGGGAAAGCCUUCAGACAUAGCUCGGCCUUUGGUCGACAUAAGAGGACGCAUAAGGAAAAAGUCCCUUAAAGAGAAACUAAUGUGGGCAUAUCUUCAACUAAAAAUUACAGUGACAGAAAGCCUUCAGUAGAAAUCAAACUUUAUUAUGUAUCAAAAAGUCUAAGGAGAAGCCCGUUAAUUCAAAGUAUUUAGAAAAGUAUGUAGCUAUGUUUCUGUGGAAAUCAUAUCCAGAUGUAAUGCCAAAGUAUUUCUAGGAGAUAUUACAAAAAGUACACCUCCUUGCUAAAGGAUAAAUGCUCACUGUGGACUAUAAAGGCUUCUGAAAUUUUAAUAAACAUACUACUCAGAACAAAAUUUAAAAACCAUAGAUGGACAAUCCUCAAAAUAUGAAAGCAUUAUAUUCCUAGUUGUACUACAUUAUGUUAUGCACCACACAACAUAAAUCAUAUGUGUUGGAAUUGCAUAUGUGAAGCUAACAUAAUUAUGCAUAUAAAAUAUGUAUUAUAUAUACAAUGUCAUCUACCAAAAUUUUCCACAUUAAAAUCAUUUUUUAUUUUAUUAGAUUAUGAAUUAUAACAAAAAAUAUGACAUUCAAUAAGAAUUCUAAAGUGUAAGAUAAUCUUUUUUUCCUGUUGCUUGCUGGUGUAUAUAAAAGACUUAUGCUACUUUUUGAUCAGUGAUAGAGUAUAUAAAGAUGUUGUUAUUUAUGGUAAAUAUAUAAAUAUGAGAUAGGUACAUGACAAUGAGCAAAAGAAAAUCGCCAUGGCCUCCUAUAACACACUACAAUUUAAAUAGUGGUUUUUGCUGAGUAAAUUACCCCGUUCUUAUAUACUCUUAUUGUCCCCCCAACCAAAUUCAUAUGUUGAAGCUCUGAUGCUCAGUACCUCAAAAAUGUGACUAAUUGGAGAUAGGGCCUUUAAAGUGUAGUUAAGUUAAA